AUGACAAGCUCGCCCUUCUUUUUGCGGCACUCUGAUCUGUUACACCUGUCCCCCUCUGGCGAUCAACUGGCCGAAGUCAUGGAAGAGCUGCAACAGCGCCACCGCAAGGAGGCCAAAGACCUGCAAUCAAAGAUUACACAGAAGAANAAAGGUGCAACCAAAAAGACGCGCAAGGGUGUCAAUGAUGAAUGCGACAAUCUGGAAAGAGAGAUGAAGGCUCGCCAUCGGGAAGAGACCCAAGCCAUGACUGCGCCUAUGGAUGGCGAAGACGACGACGACGAUACAGAGAAAGAGCAGGACGAAUUGGCCAACCGUACCGAAGGUCUAGAGAUUNNGGUGGAGCCUCAGCCGCAGAAGAANGCCCAAGACAUCCCCAACCUCAAAGCCAAAGAACGCGAAAGCAUGCUCAAUCAAUUCGCCGCCCGCAAGCUCGCCGAAAAAGAAAUACGUGCAGACGGUCACUGCCUCUACUCGGCCAUCGCCGACCAACUCCAACAACUAGAAAUACCNCUGGGCAGUGCUCCCUCGGACACCCCAGACAUCGCAGCGACGCUCGAACCCUACAAGAUUGUGCGACAAGCGGCCGCCGAGUACAUUGAAGCACACCCAAACGACUUUACGCCCUUCCUGGAAGAGCCUCUGGACUACUACAUUUACAAGAUCAAGAACACUGGCGAGUGGGGUGGCCAACUCGAGUUGAUGGCUCUGGCAAAGAAGUACGGCGUCGCUAUCAGCGUGCUGCAGGGUGAUGGCAGAGUCGAAGAGAUCAAUCCGGACGGCGAUGCUGAAAACGACAAGCAGUUGUGGUUGGCAUACUACAGACAUGGCUUCGGCCUUGGUGAGCACUACAACUCGCUACACAAAGCCGGUUGA